CUCUCUCUUUUCUUUUCUGUCCCUGUUUCGGGUGCUGGACACAGUAGCUGUCGACUGGAUCUUCCUUUCCUCUGGAUAUGGAAAUAAAAAGCCCACUGAGUCCCAGCAUCCUACACAGAUGCCAGCAGGUGGAGGACUUCCUUAGAUCAUUUCCAUGUCUCUUUGCCUAACAGCACUGCAGGUUUUAGGCAUGAGGCAUGACUUUUCUGAGUUUUUCUCAUCACCUGUGCAGAAGACAAGACUAGAUCUGGUGCCAUAGCUCUGAACCCUCUUCAGCUGUCCUCCUGGUCAGGAUAUCCCCUCCCCUCAGUCUGUUGCUUCAUAAGACAUCAGGAUCUGUGUGAGGACUGAUGCUUUUAUUCCACCUGUUUUACUAUAUUGAUACGGACAACAUGAAUCAACAGACUGGGGUCACAGAAACAUCUAAAGGUCACUGGCCAGUACCACACAGAGCCUUCAUCUUUAAAUAACUACCUCCAACAAUACCUUUUGUUUUUAAAUUAUUGAGCUGUUUGGAUUCUAAUGCUGCUUUGAGCUGAGGCAGGGUUUUGUGUGUAUGUGUGUGUCCGGGAGCCACUGGAGGUACAAUCAUGGGGAAUGCAGCAGGAAGCAUGGAGGUGCCCCAGGGGAAGGACGGAAAAAACGUGUCGGCCCCUCCGGGCGCCACAGGGUCCCAGAAACAGUGUGCAGGGUCAAAAGUCCCCAUGCCACCUGAAAAAGAACUGGAGGAACGCUUCAGUACAGUGCUGAACACCAUGAAUCUUCCUCCGGAUAAGGUGAAGAUCCUUAGUCAAUACGACAGUGAGAAAAAAUGGGACCUAAUCUGUGACCAGGAGCGAUUCCAAGUCAGAAAUCCACCUUCUGCAUAUUUGGAGAAACUGAAAAGUCACUUGGAGCAUGGAGGUGUUAGCCGAAAGUUUAAGAGACGUGUCCAGGAAUCGAAUCAGGUUCUCAGAGAACUGGAGAUCUCCCUGAGGACCAAUCACAUCGGCUGGGCUCAGGAGUUCCUAAACGAGGACAACCGAGGCUUAGAUGUCCUUGUGGAUUAUUUGUCUUUGGCUCAUUGUGCCGUUAUUUACGACGUGGAUGGUUUGGAAAAUGGCGCAGUCCCUACAGACAAAAGCAAAAUGAUGGAGAAGUCGGUGGAAGACCUGAGCAAAAGUGCCACCAACUCCCCGACUCAUGGUGCCUCCAAGACCAGCAAGGGUCUCACAGUCAGGAAAGCCCUGAGGACCUCUCGUGUUGUGAGCCAGAAAGAUGAUGUUCAUCUCUGCAUCAUGUGUUUACGUGCCAUCAUGAACUAUCAGUCCGGGUUCAGUCUGGUGAUGAAUCACCCGCGUUGUGUCAACGAGAUCACGCUCAGCCUCAACAACAGGAAUCUGAGGACAAAGGCGCUGGUUUUAGAGCUGCUGGCAGCCGUGUGUUUGGUGAGAGGAGGACAUGACAUCAUCCUCUCCGCCUUUGACAACUUUAAAGAGGUGUGUGCAGAGAAAAGCCGAUUUGAGAAGCUCAUGGAGUAUUUCCGCAAUGAAGACAGCAACAUCGACUUUAUGGUGGCGUGUAUGCAGUUCAUCAACAUUGUUGUCCACUCAGUGGAAAACAUGAACUUCAGAGUCCACCUCCAGUAUGAAUUCACUCAUCAUGGGUUGGAUGACUAUCUCGAGAAGCUGAAAUUCACAGAGAGUGACCGGCUGCUGGUGCAAAUCCAGGCCUAUCUGGAUAACUUGUUUGACGUGGGUACGCUGCUGGAGGACGCAGAAGCCAAGAACGCCUUGCUGGAGAACAUAGAAGAACUGCAAGAACACAACACACAGCUGAGCGCCAGGCUUGAGGAGAGCGAGAGGGAGGCGACUGUAAAAGUGUCAGAGCUGGAAACGAAGCUGAUUCAGACAACCAAAGAAGUGGAGCUCCUGAAGGGUAGUCUACGUGAGUCUUGCGCUCAAAUGACCGUGCUGCAGCAGAGGGAACGAGAGAGAGCGCAUGAACGCGAGAAGGACAAAGAACGAGAGAGAGAGAAGGAUUGCUCCGCCCAGGCCUUGAGGGAGCUUGAGGUCAAAGUUCAGGCUUUGGUGGAGCAGGGACUGGUCCGAAUAAAACGCUCCGACUCUGGACAACUGGACAUCCAGGUGGUCUCUGUCACCCAAAAGAAUGUUCAGAAAGAAGCACAUACAUGUAAUGAGUUUACAGCCACAACCAGCUUCUGUGAGACCACACCUCUUCUUAGAGAUGGUUCUUUGCAGUCUGUGGCAAAACAAAUCACUCCUCCCCUUCCUCCUCCUGCUCCCCCUGGGUCAACUGGACCACCUCCUCCUCCACCGCCGCCACUGCCACCGCCACCGCCACCGCCUGUGGCUCCACCACCGCUGUUGGACCCUGGAAGGCGAACGCACAAAGGUUUGAAGGAAAUAACAGAUGAGAAUUCAGAAAAGAAGAAGCCGAUUCAGACUAAAUACCACAUGCCUCUGUUUAACUGGCAGCCCCUCAACUCCAGUCAGGUUGCAGGAACCAUCUUCACUGAACUGGAGGAUGAACACGUGUUACAGGAGUUAAACAUGGCUGCGUUUGAGGAGCAGUUCAAAACCAAGGCCCAGACAGCCCCUGUAGAUCUGGGCACCAUCAAGAUGAAAAUGACACACAAGACCUCCAGCAAAGUGUUCCUAAUGGAGCCCAACCGGGCUAAAAACCUUGCAAUCACCCUGCGCAAGGAAGGAAUGGCUGCUUCUGAUAUCUGCUGUGCCAUUGAGACAUAUAACCAGAAAGCUCUGAGCCUAGACUUCUUGGAGCUCCUGAAGCGCUUCAUUCCCACAGAUUAUGAAAUGAAGCUCAUCCACAACUAUGAAUGUGAGGGCAGGCCCCUGGAUGAGCUCAACGAGGAGGACUGCUUCAUGGUGCGCUUCAGUAAAAUCCCACGACUUGCCCAGCAUAUCAGCACUCUCACUUUCAUGGGCAAUUUCCCAGAGACCGUCCAGUUAAUACAGCCUCAACUCAAUGCCAUCAUUGCUGCAUCAAUGUCAAUCAAAUCUUCAAGAAAGCUGAAAAAGAUCCUUGAGAUCAUCUUAGCCUUUGGAAACUACAUGAACAGCAGCAAACGAGGUGCAGCGUACGGCUUCCACCUACAGAGUUUAGAUAUGCUUUUAGACACUAAAUCUACGGACCGCAAACAGACGUUACUCCACUUCAUUGUGAACAUCAUUCAGCAGAAAUAUCCGGACAUCCAUUCCUUCUACACAGAACUGCAUUUCCUGGACAAAGCAGCACUAGUUUCUCUUGACAGCAUCGUACAGGAUGUGCACGCUUUGGAGAGAGGCAUGGAGGUGACCAGGAAGGAGUUCUCGGUAGAAAAAGAAAACCUUGUACUGCGGUCAUUUCUCUCUAGGAACAGUGACUUGCUGAACUCUGUGAUUGCUGAUGGCAAAACAGCUCAGACUGUCUAUGACUCAGCUGUGGAGUACUUUGGAGAGAACUCUAAAGCCACGCCGCCCUCUGUGUUCUUCCCCGUAUUUGUCCGCUUCAUUAAAGCGUACAAGCAAGCUGAGCAGGAGAAUGAGGAGAAGAAGAAACAACAUGUCCUGAAGCCAGACGCUCCACCAACUCCCCCUAAAUCUGAAGUAAUGGGAAAGAAGGUUCUUUUGACGCCCAAAGUACCUCAGAUGGAUUUGAUAGCAGAGCUGAAGAAGAGGCAGGUGUCUCCUCUGGUGAGGGAGGAGAAGGAUGGAGCCAUUGAGGACAUCAUCACAGAUUUACGAAAUCAGCCCUACAGGCGGGAAGACAGCAGCAGGCGAAGUGCCAGGUGGAAUCCAGGGCAACAGCUACACGUGUCGUCAGACAUCUCCCUGUGAAUCACCGGGGACGGUCAAAUCAAGAACAGGAGCAACACGCCAAACAUCGUCCAACAAACGUAGAGGCGGAGUCACAUUUCUAAAAGAGAAAUUUGCUUCACAGAGCAGAAAAAACUAAAUAUGGCCUCACGUCACUUGUUUACCGUCCAACAAUCCGUUUAUUAUGAUGCAACACAAAGCAUUUCUCUUGUAAUAAGACACCUUUCUCUAAAGUCAUGACUGGUUUAUGUGAUCUUCUGAGACAAAGUUAAGAUCGAAUAUUGAUUUUACUUGACACUAACACCGCUGGAUGCUAACGAACUAAUGACAAAUAUAUUUUCGCAUGAGCUGCACUAAAGCGCUGACACGAUUUAGUAAUUUCAUGUACAAUAUCAGUUGUCCAUCUUUUUACUCAACCUCAAAAAUUAUGCUCGAGAUUUGUAAUAUAAUUAAAUUAUUUUUUAUUACUUGGAGUGUAACAAUAGACUGUCUUGCUUUUCCAUUUCAAGAAAUAAAUCAUUUUAUACCAGCA